AUGGAUAGUAUAAAUAACGAAACUUUAAGUACAAAUGCUAAUUUGGUUACAAUAGAAGAAGGCGAUAAUACAAACAUUAAUUUGAUUACAAUAGAAGGAGGCAGUUCAUUCGAUAAUACAAAUAUUAAUUUGAUUACAAUAGAAGAAGGCA